CGGCGACCGAGGCGCGAGCGAUGGACGAGGCCGCUAUGCUGCCGCCGCCGCCGCCUCCUCCUCUCAGCCUGCAAAAAGCGCUGCAGCAGUGCGAACUGGUCCAGAACAUGAUCGACAUCAGCAUCUCCAACCUGGAGGGGCUGCGCACCAAAUGCGCCACGUCCAACGACCUCACGCAGAAGGAGAUCCGCACCUUGGAGGCCAUAGAAUGGAAAACGUUGGUAGAGUUCCCAGCGUUCUCAGAAGCAAUCUUGGCCAGCUUCAAAGAGAUCUGAGUCAAUUUUAGAUGGAUGGGCUCCAGUCUGGAACAAAUCGCCGAUUCCAUCCGAAAGGGAUCAAAUUUGGAAAGUCAGCUCGAUUCAGCUUGUCAACGUUGCGUUGCAGGAAGGAACCUCAGUUUGGGAAGUGGAUUUGUAAAUUGGAUCACGGGGCGUUAUUGAAUCAAACAUCCGAAUAAAAGCUUUGCGUACUACCAUAGCUGACCUGAAGCAAAGUUUGUUUGUUUUUUAAUCCAGUGCCUUCUUUUUCAGAAAGUAGUGAUUGACAAUCUGUUGCUUGAUGCCAUUUAAAUCAGAAAAUAAAUAAAUAAAUAUCCAAUGGCUUUAGAGUUGUUUCACACCGGGCAUCAAAUCCUGCGGUGGGUUCUACUUACCUUU